CUCAGCGCUGCGUCACACACGGCCACGCGAGUCUUGCUUAUAGCUGGGAGAAGACCUUGGUGCAAACAGGAACGCGAGAUGGCUGACGAGGAGUUCGAUGGUGAUGAUGUUGGUGAUGACUUCGAGGAGGCAGAAGAUGAUGAGAAUCUGGAUGACCUGCAAGGAGAGGAGGAUGAUGAUAACCAGACAGAGUUGGUACCUGCAGGGGAAGGUCAGCCAGUGCCUAUGCUCAAGAGAAUCACGACACCUUAUAUGACAAAAUAUGAAAGAGCUAGAGUAUUGGGCACGAGAGCACUGCAGAUUGCAAUGUGUGCGCCUGUCAUGGUGGAAAUUGAUGCAGAAUCGGAUCCGCUCCAAAUUGCUGCCAGAGAAUUGAGAGAACGGAAAAUUCCCAUCAUCAUUCGCAGAUAUUUGCCAGACGGAUCUUUUGAAGAUUGGGGCAUAGAUGAACUUAUCAUCAGUGACUUCUAAGUACAUGUUAGAUUGAUGGUAAAGCUUUAAGGAUGUCUGAUCAUUCAUGAUGAAUUGUUAGUUCUUUUCUCAUAUUUGUUGUAUUAAGAGAAG